CAAUUCGCACCUCGACGUCGAGCUUCCGGCACCAAGUUAUUUCAACACCGUUCCUCGAGGCGCCAAUUGGUUGGAAUUGAUUAAAUAGGAAGAGCUAUAAACUUCAAACAUUCACGAUGGCACGCAAACAAACCACCUCAACCGCUACCCGCAAGGCUAAGCCUACCGCUUCACCGUCCCCAGCGAAGAAUACCUAUCUGUUGGCGUAUAAUGCACUUUCAGCGGCACUCUGGGCGGGCGUGCUGUAUAAGACUGUUACCAUUGGGGCCAAUGAGAUCGCAACUGCGCAGAAGAGCGGAGUGUUAUUCAAUGGAAACACUGGAGUCGGGGGAGUGUUGAAAGGCCUAGGCUCAGGACGUGUGUUUGAAGAACUGGAGACCUAUACGCGAUUGACGCAGAGUCUUGCGGGGUUGGAGGUACUGCAUAGUCUGCUUGGCGUUGUGAGAGCACCCUUUCUCACUACAUUGAUGCAAGUCGCAUCCCGCUUCCUCCUCGUCUGGGGCAUCGCAUACAACUUCCCGCAAACCACUCAGCACAACCCCGCAUACUCCACCAUGCUCUUCGCCUGGUCCUUCACUGAGGUGGUGCGGUACUCGUACUUUGUCUUCAGCCUGUCUGGUGUCGGCGUGCCCAAGCUAUGGACGUGGCUGAGGUACAACACUUUCCUUGUCCUCUACCCCCUCGGCGUGUCGAGCGAAUGCUGGCUGGUUUACAGUGCCAUUCCUCUCGCUAGUAAGAUUCGACAGGAAUAUGGCUAUGCCUUGUGGGCUAUCCUCGCGAUUUACGUCCCUGGCAUCUACAUCUUGUUCACGCAUAUGCUUAAGCAGAGGCGGAGGGUACAGCGCGAGACGAAGCGGAGCUUAUAAGAGGUGGGCAUGAUAAGAGUGGGAGGCGAGCAGUAGUCUUCAGACCACAGCAUGUGGGACGAAAGGAAAUUCGACGUGGAAGGGACCGGAGCAAGUAGCCAGUGUACGAUAUAAUGACGUAUUCAAUCGUCCUUCAAACUCUAUUACCUCGAUCUUACGUUAAUGUAAACCUUCAAAUGAUCCAGACAACGUGCAAUUCCGCAUAUGCAACGUUGGGGUAGCUAUUUCUUGAACGCU